GAUAUCAGGAACUCGAUUAAUUGAUAUCAAAAACGUUGUCCGAUCAAAAUUAUACUUUUUCCGUUAUUGUUGUAUUGAAAAAUUAGUGAUAAGAAAAUUAAUCAUACAGUAUUUUUAAAGCGCGAGAAGAUUAAAUAUUAAAAAUAUUUAAUUUCAUCUGAUUGUUAUUAUAAGUUAUAAUCAGAGUUUUAUCAGUGUUAAGUGAUAAAAAAAGAUUUAUUAAAAAAUUUUGUUUAAAAUUAAUAUUUUGCUUGUCAUUCAAGCGAAAGAAAAAGUGAAAUCCUAAUCAGGAUUUUAAAUGUUUAUUUACUAAUCAUGUAUAACCUUCAAUACACGUUAGUGGAAUUAUUGAUUGUGGAUCGAUUGAAAGAUAUUUUUUUCAAAGAAAUUGCAUCUUUCGUUCAGGAUCAUUGAACUAUUGAGAUCUUCGAUUUCAUGUAUCAUUUCUUUCGACAAGAAAUUACUAUGACACGCGAUCAUUCUUGAUCGCGUGUUGAUUGGUUAACGAUAAAAUAUAUAAUACUAAUGUCAUCCUUGAGAUUGAACGAUUAUAGUGUCAUAUGCAACGUAUGUUAUCAGAACGUGUGGUUAGGUUGUUCCUGAAAGUAUCACGAUUCAUGAAGUGAAGGGAGUCGAGUGCAACGAAUUCCAUUGGUUUCUGGAGUUUGGCAACGUAAACUCGGCAUCAAGCAUGAUUUUCACUGGCAGGUCCGUGGACGCUCUCGACGAAGUUCGCGGUAAUAACGUUCAGACAGAGAAUCGUCGAGAUGUUAGCGCCGUUGCUAUAGCCGCAGGAUGGUUCUCCAGUUUACGCAGACCCGGUAAAAGGAAUAAGAAGGGCUACCAAAAGCAGGCCAAGAGCGCAUGGGAUCUUAGCACAUUAUCUAUGCAACUGAAAGAUGAGUUGGGUGAAGUGGUGGCUGAAAUGGAAGCGAUGGAGGGCGGUGGUCUUGCCACCGAUGAGACCAAGCCAUCGAAUAAGGCUAAGCAGACGUCGAUCGGCCGUAAGAAGUUCAAUAUGGAUCCUAAAAAGGGCAUCGAGUACCUGAUCGAGCACAAUUUGUUAGCGCCAACGCCCGAGGACGUUGCCCAAUUCCUCUACAAGGGCGAAGGUCUUAACAAAACUGCGAUCGGCGAUUAUCUUGGUGAAAGGCACGAUUUCAAUGAGAGGGUGUUGAGGGCAUUCGUCGAAUUGCAUGAUUUCACCGAUUUGAUCCUCGUGCAAGCCCUUCGACAGUUCCUUUGGUCGUUCCGAUUGCCCGGCGAGGCGCAAAAGAUCGAUAGAAUGAUGGAGUGCUUUGCACAGAGGUACUGCCAGUUGAAUCCAAAUAUAUUUACGAAUACGGACACCUGUUACGUGCUCAGUUUUGCUAUCAUCAUGUUAAACACGUCCUUGCACAAUCCGAGCGUCAAGGAUAAACCUAGCGUGGAACAGUUCAUAUCCAUGAACCGUGGAAUUAACAAUGGCGGCGACUUGCCUCGAGAACUUCUUGUGAGUCUAUACGAAAGUAUAAAAACAGAACCGUUCAAGAUACCGGAAGACGAUGGAAAUGAUUUAAUGCAUACAUUCUUCAAUCCGGACAAGGAAGGUUGGCUUUGGAAGCAAGGCGGACGUUACAAGAGCUGGAAAAGACGAUGGUUCAUAUUGAACGACAACUGUCUUUAUUACUUCGAGUAUACAACCGACAAGGAGCCACGAGGUAUCAUUCCGCUGGAAAACAUUCAGGUCAGAGAGGUGCAAGAUCGACACAAGCCGCAUUGCUUCGAGCUCUAUGCCGCUGGCUCUGAGUUCAUCAAAGCGUGCAAGACAGAUAGCGAAGGAAAAGUUGUCGAAGGAAAACAUACCGUGUACAGAAUGUCUGCAGCCACAGAUGAAGAAAAAGAAGAAUGGAUUAAAUGCGUGCGGCAAAGUAUAUCGCAUAAUCCAUUCUAUGAUAUGCUUGCGGCCAGGAAAAAGAAGGCACAAAAGACCAAUGUACAUUCGAAGAGUUAAACUUUACCAUAGACAUAGCUUCGAGAGAAGCUUGGCGAGACAUAAAAAGAUUGUCUAUUCACGAUCCUGUUUUUCUAUCAGGAUCGUAUAGUACAAUAUACAAUCAAAUGAAUCUGGACGGAGGUCUAUAUGAAGAGAAUUUAGCAGGAAAAUAUACCUGUUGAUAGAUAUUUAUCAACGUAGCAUUGAUCCAACUAGAAACUUGAAGAAACACAUACACAAAAAAGAAAAUAUACUUGAAAGAAAAAGAAAAUGGUAUCAUUAAUUAAUUUUGUAUAAAAAUUAUGCUACGUUUUAGAGGCCUAAAUACGUAUUAUUUAAAUAGAAUUCAACAUAAAGCAUUUCUUUAGAGACAAAUGAAUAUAGAAACAAAAGUGUAAUAUUAUAUUUAAAAUCCUAGCGAACGUGGCGAUGAUGGAUAAAUAAAUUAGACGUGCAAAGACAACAUUUUUCUUUUCGUAAUGUUCAAAAAAAAUUAAAUAAGAAGAAUUUUAAAAAAAACUUCAACCAUUUAUUUGAUAUUUGAGAAUAUUCAUAAAAAAAUAAUAACGUGUAUAUGUAUUUAUCGACCGUUGGAAAGAUAGAUUCGUUCAGAAAAAGAGAUAAUUAUAGAAAGAGUGAAAUCUUUCUUAUUUUCUGGCAGCUUUAAAAAAAUUAUCGAAAUUUGAAAUCACUUCGAACAAUUCAAUAUGUGUAAAAUAUUUAUUAUAUACGAUAUUUUUGUGCAUUAUAAUAUUUUAUGUUCUUUGUAAGAAGAAAGAAUAAGAUAAUCUAAAAGUAUCAGAAAGAAUAAUAUAUGGGACAAUGAUUUUUCAUAAUUGUAAACUGACAUUAAACGCAAGAAUAAGUUAGUAAGAUGCGUGCAUUAUGUGAUAGUUGUGUAUUUAUUUGAGAAAAAAAUAAAACAUAUAUAGAUGAAAUUAGUUAAAAGAAAAAAUGUCUUCAAUAUGCCAGAAAUUAUCCUAAACUGUACAUUGUCGUACAGUUUAUAAAUAUGGCAUAUUAGCCAAUUAUGUGACAGUAGAUUAGAAUAAUUAUUGUUUUUUUUUUUUUUUUUUUUGUUUGAAUAUAUACGUAUAUAUAAAUAUAUACAUAUAUAUGUACAUAUAAAUAUGCAAAUGACGCAUGAGGCAUUAUAACUUUAUGCAUUAUACGUAUUGCAAUAUAAUAGUUACAAUAGUAUAGGAAAGUUCAGUAGCAACUUGAUAAGAUCCAAUUAAGAACCUGCAUCCAAAUAUUAUUCAGAUUCACAAUAAAAUCUGAAAUUAUGUGUUAAAAUAAUAAUUUAUUUCAUUAAAUUAUUCUAGAUAAAAAUAAUACAAGAAUCCAUCUACAAGUUACUUUUUCUUUUUUUUCA